AUGGCUCCCACCCUCCUGCUGCUGCUCUGGGGGUCCCUGGCCCUGAUGGAGACCUGGGCAGGCUCUCACUCCCUGAGGAUUUUCUCCACCGCGAUGUCCCGGCCUGGCCUCGGGGAGCCCCGCUUCAUCGCCGUGGGCUACGUGGACGACACGCAGUUCGGAUGCUUUGACAGCGACUCUCCGGGCCAGAGGGCGGAGCCACGGGCGCCCUGGGCGGAGCAGGUGGGGCAGAAGGUUCUGGACGAAGAGACUCGGAUCCAAAGGAAAGAGGCUCAGAGGCUCACAGUGCUCCUGAAGGACCUGCACAGAAAUUACAACCAGAGCGAGGACGGGUCUCACACCAUCCAGAGGACUUUGGGCUGUGAUGUGGGGACCGACGGGCGCCUCCUCCGCGGGUAUGAUCAGUUCGCCUAUGACGGCGCCGAUUACAUCGCCCUGAACCCGGACCUGCGUUCCUGGACUGCAGUGGACAAGGUGGCCCAGAUCACCCUGCGCAAGUGGGAGGCGUCCGGGAGGGCAGAACAAAUGAAAAAUCUCCUGGAGGGCAGGUGCGUGGACUGGCUGCUGAGAUUCCUGGAGAUGGGGAAGGAGAUUCUGCAGCGGGCAGAUCCCCCAAAGACACAGGUGACCCUCCACCCCAUCUCUGACCAGAAAGUCACCCUGAGGUGCUGGGCCCUGGGCUUCUACCCUGCGGAGAUCACCCUGACCUGGCAGCGAGAUGGGGAGAACCUGACCCAGGCCAUGGAGCUGGUGGAAACUGGGCCUGGGGUAGAUGGAACCUUCCAGAAGUGGGCAGCUGUGGUGGUGCCUUCUGGAGAGGAGUAGAGAUACACGUGCCAUGUGCAGCAUGAGGGGCUGCCGG